GGACCGAGGGGUCCCAGGGGUCCACCUGGAGAACCUGGUCCUCCGGGAUCUCAAGGAGCUCAAGGAUUUUGGGGUCCUAGAGGUGAACGAGGUGUUCCUGGAGUACAAGGUCCAGAAGGCAUAAAGGGUGAAGAGGGUCCACAAGGUCCCCAAGGUUUGGCGGGAACUCUCGGUCUAACUGGCGAACCUGGACGUCGGGGUGACAAGGGUCGUAGAGGUGCUGCUGCCUUCGACGGCCCAAGAGGUAUUCCUGGCCCCAUGGGAGUUCCUGGUUUAAAUGGAACUGAUGGUCCACCUGGAGAGCCCGGUCAGAAGGGAGAAAAAGGCCUGACUGUUUCUACAAAUAGUGGCCCACCUGGAGAUGAAGGUGAGGCUGGUGACACCGGUGAACAAGGUGAAAUUGGUGAGAAAGGUGAUGAAGGCGAACAAGGCCCAAUUGGUCCUCGUGGUCCAGAAGGUGAAAAGGGCAGCAAGGGUCAGGCGGGGGAACAAGGACCUGCUGGUCCCGAAGGCGUCUACAUUCCCUUUUUGGUCAAAGGUGAUAAGGGAGAAAGAGGUUUGGCAGGUAAAGAUGGUGCCCCUUGUGGUCCAGACGUAAAAUUUCCCGAAAUCAUUGGUAUCGGGGAGCGUGGACUGGCUGGAGAACAGGGUGAAAGAGGCCAGCCUGGUGAGCCUGGAGCUCCUGGAGAUACUGGUCCUUCAGGUUUACCCGGAUCUGUAGGACCCGCUGGUGAAAAAGGUGAUCGUGGAGAUGAAGGUGCUGAGGGCGAAUCGGGUGAGUCUGGUGACAUUGGACCGCAGGGAGAAAUGGGUAAAUCAGGCCUCGAUGGUCCACAGGGUAUUUCUGGACCUAAGGGUGCCCCCGGUGAACGAGGCAUACCCGGUAGAGACGGUGGCCGAGGUGAAAGAGGACCUCCUGGUCCAUCAGUUGUCUGGGAUUGCGAAAUUACCUCCACUCCGAAGGGAGAGAAGGGAGAACCCGGUUUUGAAGGUCAAAAAGGCCUUCCUGGAUUGGCUGGUGAACGGGGUCCUCAAGGUCCUAAGGGGUUCAAGGGUCAACAAGGAGACAAGGGUCCAGAUGGAGAACCUGGUGAACCUUGUGUUCCAGGUCCACAAGGCAUUCAGGGUGAACGGGGCGAACCUGGUCCUGACGGACAAGACGGAGAGCAAGGUGAGCAAGGUGAACCAGGGGCCCCCGGGCUUUCGGGAAUUCCAGGAAUUGAUGUAGUGGGUGAGAAAGGUUUCCCAGGUGAUUUCGGCAUCCAGGGACAACAGGGUCCAAAAGGAGAUGUGGGCGAAGACGGCGAUGUGGGCGAUAAGGGACCUCCUGGAAGCAUCGGUCCAGAUGGUCCUCGUGGUGAACCUGGAGAUCCUGGUGAACCAGGAAAAACUGGACCCGCUGGUGAAGAAGGCGAAAUCGGAGAGAAGGGCGAAGCGUUCGAUAAGAGCAAUUGCCCUUACUGUGCUGAUGGUCAAUCUGGUCCAGAGGGUGAGAUGGGUGAACCUGGAGAAGAUGGUCUUCCAGGAGAAAAUGGAAGCCCGGGUCCAGAAGGCCCUAGAGGUCAAUCGGGUCCAGUUGGUCCUGUUGGUCUCCAAGGCGAAGAUGGUGAAAAGGGACCCAGAGGCGAGAAGGGUUACCAAGGUGAGGCUGGAGAACCAGGCGAACCUUUUGUCGUUGAUGGUACCCCAGAGAAGGUUGAAGAAGGCGAUCCUGGAGAAGAAGGUCCGGAAGGUCGUCCUGGCUCAGAUGGAGAUCGGGGACCUCAGGGGGAGGAGGGAGAAGACGGAGUCCCGGGUUCAGAUGGUCCCCGUGGAGAAGAGGGUCCACGAGGCCCCAUGGGUGACAACGGACCACCUGGUGAUAAAGGGGAACGUGGUGACCCCGGAGAAGACAUCCAAACUGCUUUUGGAGAAUCUGGAGAUCCUGGUGAAGAUGGGGUUGAUGGUUCACCUGGUGAAAAAGGUGCCAACGGUACUAUUGGCACUUGUGUUCAAGUCUUUGAUAGGAAGCUAGCUCAGAAUGUCCUUGAUUUGCUCGGUGCAAAGGGCGAGAAGGGUGAUCAAGGUGAAGCUGGACCGGAGGGUCCUCGUGGACCACCUGGAGAGAAGGGUGGUUUCGGUCAAAAUGGAAAGACAGGAGAUCGCGGUGAAACGGGUCCACUGGGUGAAAUGGGGCCGCCAGGUGAUCGAGGUCCAAGAGGUAAACAAGGCCCCCCUGGUCCCACAGGUAAAGAAGGCGAACGUGGUGAAGAACCCGAUGGGCCAAUGGGAGAUCCUGGUGAAACAGGUCCUCAAGGUCCCAAGGGCGAAGCUGGUGAACGGGGUGAUGUUGGAUCCCGUGGAGGCCCGGGAGAGAAAGGAAAGCCCGGAGCAACAGGUGAUCCUGGUCCAGACGGAGCAGCAGGUGAGCAGGGUCCAGUUGGUCCACAGGGCGAGCCUGGACCCGCUGGAGAGGACGGUGAGGUUGGACUACAAGGACCCCCAGGUGACAAGGGAUUUCCCGGCGAAGCCAGCACUCCUGGUGCGCCCGGUGAAACUGGAGAACCUGGUCCACAAGGAGAACAGGGGCCACAGGGUUAUAAAGGUCCCGCUGGUGAUGAUGGUCGUUGUGACAUUGCAGGUAUGGCUGUCUACGAAGGUCCAAAACCAAGGGUAGGUAAUGAAGGCGAACAAGGUGAUAUUGGACCUGAUGGUGAAGAAGGACCUGAGGGAGAACCUGGAGCUGAGAGUGGUGAGGAGGGUGAACAAGGACCCCAAGGACCUCCUGGUGAAAAAGGUGACCCUGGACCUGUUGGCGAGGUCGGUAAUGAAGGUGCACAGGGUCCACAAGGUAAUCAAGGACCACUUGGGCCCCAAGGACCUCAAGGACCCGACGGAGACCCAGGAGAGGAAGGAGAGCCAGGGACAGAGAAGGGCGAUCCGGGAGAGCCUGGACCCUAUGGUCCAAAAGGUCCUCGUGGACCUCCCGGAAAGGCUGUGGAAUGUCCUAAUGGUGAGCCUGGUGUGGAUGGCGAGGUGGGACCAAAGGGCGAGGUGGGCGAUCAGGGACCUGAAGGUGAACCUGGUAAGGAUGGAGAGCCAGGUAAAGAUGUCGUUGGUCUGGAAGGAGUCCCUGGCGAAAAGGGAGAAACUGGUGAGCCAGGUGAUCCUGGUCCCGAUGGUGACGAUCCUGUUGAUGGUGAAGUUGGUGAUGUUGGGGAAGAGGGCAUCGUUGGCGAAGAGGGUGACACGGGUGCAGUUGGAGAGAUGGGUGAGGAUGGGCCUGAAGGAGAACAGGGCCUGAAGGGUCCGGUGGGAGAAGAAGGUGAAGACGGGCCAAUGGGUGAGGAGGGAGACGAAGGUGACGAGGGAGAACCGGGUGGAGACAUAACUCUCCAGCAAGGUGAACCCGGUGAAACUGGACCUCAAGGCCAAAAGGGCGAAACCGGACCAGAAGGCGAAGUUGGUGAUCAGGGUGACCAAGGCAAUAUACGAUUAUCUAUAUUGUUAGGUCCCCCGGGUCAAGAUGGACCUCCAGGACCAAUUGGAAUACAAGGAGAAGACGGAGAAGUUGGGGAAGAUGGAGAUGAAGGUGAACAGGGAGAACCUGGCAAUCAAGGUGAACAUGGUAUUAUGGGGCCAGAAGGUGAUGUGGGGGAACGUGGAGACGUGGGUAUCAAUGGACCUAAGGGUCUUCCCGGUCCUCAAGGGGCCAAAGGUCGAUCUGUUAUCACUUGUCCCGCUGCCCUUGGUGGCGAAAAGGGCGUCAACGGGCCCCCUGGUUCACGUGGACCUGGUGGCCCCCCUGGUGAGCCCGGUAUGGAUGGCGAUCCCGGUCCGAAGGGAAUGCAGGGUGAACCCGGUUUGGGAUCCCCAGGAGAGCCGGGUGAAAUCGGCUUGGUUGGCCUAUCUGGCAAAACGGGAGAACCUGGUGACCCUGGAGAAGCUGGUGAGCCAUCAGUUGCCCCAGAAAGAGGCGCCCCUGGAGACGAAGGUCUGCCAGGUGAAGAGGGCGAUCAAGGUGAACCUGGACUUCCCGGAAAGGAUGGAGAACCUGGACCUCGUGGCGCUGAUGGCGAGUCCGGCCCUGAUGGAAAUCCUGGUUUGGCUGGUGAGGACGGAGCUCCUGGUCCAGACGGUGAAGAGGGUGACUUUGGAGACAGUGGAGAACGUGGAGAAGAGGGUCCAAAAGGUGAAGUAGGUCCUCAAGGUCCCCAAGGUCCAAAAGGUAAUAAAGGAGCUUCUGGCUUUGCUGCUGAUGGAGAACAAGGUGAUGUGGGUGAUGAGGGAGAGAUGGGGGAAAUUGGCGAAACUGGAGAGACAGGACCUCAAGGUAAUCAAGGACCUCCCGGAGAUGCUGGUGAAAAAGGACAAGAAGGGACCUUAGAAGGACCUCAAGGACCUCCUGGAGAUCAAGGAGAGACCGGUGAUGAAGGAGAAGAAGGACCAAAGGGAGAAACCGGACCCCCUGGUGAGCGAGGACCAACUGGACCAAUUGGACUGCCUGGUCCUACCAACUACACGAAUGUAUUAUUUUCCAGGCACUUCCAGUCGGAUGAAGGACCAUUCGAAUGUCCAACGGGAACCCAGUUUGUCUACGACGGAUACAGUUAUCUUAUGGGUGGUGGUGUUGACUAUCUUCAAAGUAUGGACCUUGGAACUCCAAGUUCGUGUCUUCGAAAGUUCAAUACUCACCCAAUGACUGCCUGUGAGAGUGGCAGUAUUUGUCACAUUAAUAUGCGUCACGAAAGAUCUUACUGGUUAGCCACACUGAAGCCUUUUACCGAAGAACCUUUGCCGAUUGAAGAACUGGAUGGUCGUAUUUCUCGAUGUGUCGUUUGUGAAGCUCCAACACACGUCUUCGCUUUCCAUAGUCAAAUUGGAACUCUCACGCCAUGUCCAAAUACCUGGACGGAACUAUGGACCGGUGUUAGCCUUCUCCUGCACACAUCAGGAUCAUUUGGAGGUGGCCAGCCAUUAUCUUCUCCAGGAAGUUGCCUGGAACAUUUCCGUCACUCUCCAGUCCUCGAAUGCAAUAAUAAUGCCGGAACUUGUCAUUACUGGAACGAUGCGAAGGUGUACUACCUUCGUUCACUCCCUGAGAGUACAGAGGAGCAGUUCUCUAAACCUCUCGGUUUGACCCUGAAGGCGGGAUCCGGACCCACAGUGGAUAGUGCUCUUUUUGUCUCAUCAGAAUAUCUCCUUCCACACGCUUCCUCCUUUUACUUCCCUCCCUUGACCCAUUGUACAGACACCGUCUACAUGCUGGCCGUAAGUUUACCUGGAAACAGGCGGCCAGUAGGCGGCUCCCUACAUCAGCGACGCCAAUUCGGCCUCGGUGUCUCUGGAAUGAUUAUAUUGAGUCUGAUUUUACUUGUCCAAAUUCCCCAAACAUCAUCGCAAUUUUCUCCAAGUCGAGAGUGUAACGUUGAGUGCUACCAAGAUAAGUGUCGAUGUGUGGCUCCUCAAGGACCAAUGGGUCCGCCUGGAGCACGCGGUCCACCUGGUGUCCCUGGUCCUAAGGGCUACCCAGGAGAAAUUGGUCCUCUUGGACCGAAAGGCCAACGUGGAUUACCUGGUGUUGACGGAAUUCCUGGAAUGCCGGGUGAAAGAGGUCCACCUGGUGAUUUUGGUCCCCCUGGUCGUCAUGGUGAACAUGGUGACGAUGGUGCAAUAGGUGACCCCGGAGAACCUGGUCUUCCUGGUUGUGAUGGUCCGCCAGGUGAUCCUGGACCACCUGGUAUUCCUGGUCGACCUGGUGUUGAUGGUCCAGCUGGUUUCCCUGGUGAUCCUGGUGACAGAGGUGAUCCUGGCGAUUACGGAAGUGGACCUGUUGGCCCUGUUGGUGAAAAAGGUGACAGAGGUGAAACUGGUAUUCCUGGCGAGAAAGGUCGGCCUGGCCCUCCCGGACCUGCUGGACCAAUGGGUGUUGUCGGUGAUCGAGGUCCAGAUGGUCCAAUCGGUUCUCCUGGUCCUCCUGGUGAUCCUGGAGAUCCAAUUGUUGACAAAUUCCCAAUUAAGGGCGAACGUGGCCCUCCAGGUGACCCUGGUGACCCGGGUACAGAUUGUGAGGCCUCUCUUCUUCUUCCACCACCUAUCGACACCCAAGGACCCGCGGGAGAUCGCGGUGAUCCUGGUCAACAAGGCUAUACUGGUGCUAAGGGCGAUCCAGGAGACAGAGGUGUCCCUGGGCCUAUGGGUGAACGCGGUCCCAAAGGUCAACCUGGUGUUCCUGGACCACAUGGCCCCAAAGGCGAGAAAGGUCGGCAAGGUGCUACUGGUGCAAAGGGUGCUCGUGGUCGUGACGGUUUAAUUGGUCCCAGAGGUCCUGCUGGUCCUAAAGGUCUUCCUGGAGAACCUGGUGAAGAUGGUCUUCGCGGUCCUCCUGGUGAAGCUGGUCCACCUGGUGGCGACAGUAUCUGUACUGGUAUCCUUCAAGGCCGCCCUGGUGAACGUGGUCCCUCUGGUGAACAGGGCUCCCGCGGCCCUACAGGACGUGAUGGUCUUCGUGGCGAACCUGGUCCGAAAGGUUUCCGUGGUCCUGCUGGUUUGGUCGGCGACACUGGUCCCGACUGUCCUGUUGGACCAUCUGGAAUUCGCGGUCCUAAAGGUGAACCAGGUCCACCUGGUUGUGAUGGUGAAAAGGGCUACCAAGGCCCACCUGGUGAAGAAGGUCCUCAAGGCGAUCCUGGAGAACCUGGAAUUGGCAUUCGUGGUCCCCCUGGUGAUCCUGGUAGCCCGGGUCCUGUUGGUCCCAAAGGUCCCCGUGGUCCAAAGGGUGUGAAAGGUCCUCGCGGUCCUCCUGGAAAUAAGGGAACAGGUCGUCCCGGCCCCCCGGGAGACAAGGGCGAGAAAGGUCUCCCCGGUCUUGACGGCAAACCAGGAAAACCUGGUUCCAAGGGUGAACAGGGUCCCCCUGGUGAACCCUGCAAUGUCUGCAAACCCGGAGCACCGGGUCCAAGAGGUGAGAAGGGCGAACCUGGUUAUCCUGGUGCUCCCGGUCAGCGUGGGCGUGAUGGUCUGCCCGGAGAACGUGGUGAACCUGGAUCUGUUGGUAACCAAGGUCCACAAGGUCCUCGUGGUCUUGAAGUAGGUGGUCCUGGAGAUCCUGGUGAACGGGGUCUUAUGGGUCCAAAGGGUAUCAAGGGAUUGCCUGGUUCCUCACGAACUGAGUACGUCGAUACAAUCAAGGGCGAAAAGGGAUACCCUGGUAAACCUGGUCCUGAUGGUGAAAAGGGUUUCCAAGGGCCCCCUGGUGAACGCGGGCCUCUUGGUGAACCUGGACUAAUGGGACUUCCUGGUGAUCAAGGCGAAGCUGGUCCGACAGGCAGUCCUGGACCGAAGGGUCGCCGCGGUGACAAGGGUCCCAAAGGUCGACCAGCCGCAAUGGUUGUGGGAAUGAAAGGUGAAAAGGGUCGACCCGGUAUACCAGGCAGAACGGGUCCGCCUGGUGACAUCGGUGAACCAGGAAAUUGCACUAUCUACCACCAGCGCAGUGAUAACAUGACAACUGAGAGAGGUGAAAUAGGCCCCAAGGGCGAUCGAGGCGACAGAGGUCCUCCUGGCGAACCUGGCAAACAAGGUGAACAGGGUCCUCCUGGCGAUGAUGGCCAACGUGGAGGUAGAGGUCUACCGGGUGAUCCUGGACCUCCAGGCCCAAAGGGGUCCAUGGGACCUCCUGGAGAUGUCGGAGAACCUGGAGAACCCGGACCUGAGGGCCGCCGUGGAUUGCCUGGACCCUCAGGAAUGAAAGGAAAUAGGGGUCCGUCUGGCGAUUCCGGACCUAGAGGUCCAAAGGGUUUCAAGGGUCCACCCGGUCGAUCUGGACUUGGAAUCAAGGGAGCAGAAGGUCCACCAGGUUUUGAUGGACCAAAGGGAGAUCUUGGUGAACCUGGAAUUCCUGGAGAAAUGGGACCAAUAGGUGAACAGGCGGUUCUAAUGUCUGAGAUUUUUUCAGGUGAGCCAGGAGAACCUGGUCUACCGGGUAUUUCAGGACCUAUGGGUCCAAAGGGUGACCGUGGUGAUCAAGGUCCAAGCGGUGGUCAAGGGCUUCAAGGUCCCCGUGGUGAGCAAGGUGAUCCAGGACCUGCUGGUCCAUUGGGUGACCCUGGAGAACCUGGUGACCCUGGUACUUGCAUUGGUACCCCCCAAGAAGGCGAUAGAGGUGAUAAAGGUGAACGAGGUGCAGUUGGACCUCAGGGACCCCAAGGACCUGCAGGAGAACCCGGUGAACGCGGUCCAACUGGACCAGAAGGAUUUCCUGGACCGAAGGGACAACAAGGACCUCAAGGUCCGAUGGGUCCCACUGGUCCUGAUGGACCAGCUGGUGAGACAGGAGAUCCAGGACCUGCAGGACCCGAGGGUCCAAAGGGCAGACCUGGUCCACGCGGACCUUCUGGACCCAUGGGACCACAAGGUGACCGAGGUCCUGCUGGUGACCCAGGUCCAGAAGGUGAACCUGGUCCUGACAUGAUUGGUGUUCCUGGAGAGGUUGGUGAUCCUGGAGAACGCGGACCUCCUGGACCGAAGGGAAUCAUGGGUAAACCUGGUCGCCGAGGUCAAAAGGGUGAACCUGGUCCCGAUGGGGUUGGUAUUCCUGGUCUUCCUGGUGAAAGGGGUGAGACAGGAGACAAAGGCUUGCCUGGUCGUCCUGGACUGUCUGGUGGAAUCGGUGAAAAGGGAGAGAGAGGUCCUACUGGUGAACAAGGAGAUCGAGGUGAGAAUGGUGAUCCAGGACCGCGUGGUCCAACUGGACCUCAAGGUCCAAUUGGUUUCGACGGUAGAAGGGGUCCCAAAGGAAUGCCAGGUUUGCCUGGUGCUAAGGGAGAAAAAGGAGCUCGUGGUGAUCCAGGAGACGUGGGUGCCACAAUUCAAGGUCGUCCAGGUGAACCAGGUGAUGAGGGUGAGCGUGGUGCAACUGGACCCGCAGGACCAAAGGGAGAACAAGGUCCCAUUGGUGACGAAGGACCUCAAGGACCUGCCGGAAAUGCUGGACCCCCUGGUGAGCGUGGUGACACUGGGCCAAAAGGAGAACGUGGUGAACCCGGCCCUGAAGGACCUACUGGUUAUCGGGGUCCUCCUGGCGAGAAAGGUUUCCCUGGAGAAAGAGGUCCUGAUGGUUAUCCGGGUCCUGCCGGACCUACUGGUGAUCCUGGACCAGAAGGACCACCUGGACGCUGUGUUCCUGGACCUUCCAGUCAAAAAGGUGAACCUGGAUCGAUGGGUCCCACAGGACCAAUUGGAGAAAAAGGCCUCCCCGGUCUUCCUGGAAAAGUUGGAAAGCAAGGACCUCCUGGAGUUCCUGGUCGAGGAAUUCCUGGUCCACCUGGAGAUCAAGGUGAUCCUGGUUUCCCCGGUCCUGAUGGUCCAAAGGGAGAAAAGGGUGAGAGAGGUGAUCCUGGCGACUCGGGUCCCCCUGGUCCAAAGGGUCGUAGAGGCCCUUCAGGUCCCAAGGGUGAUCGUGGUGAACCUGGUCAAAAUGGUUUGGACGGACCACCUGGUGAAGCUGGUGACCCUGGUCCUGAAGGUCAACCGGGUCAAGACGGAGAACCAGGGCGACGCGGUGCUGACGGACGUCCAGGAAAGAAGGGACCCAAAGGCCCACCUGGUCUUCGUGGUGAUCCAGGUGACCAAGGACCUAUGGGAGAUGAGGGCCCAAUGGGACCGAUGGGACCAUCUGGUGAUGAUGUUGAUGGUGUUGUUGGCAUUAAGGGUGAAAAGGGUGAACCCGGUCGACCAGGUCCAAGAGGACCAGUUGGUGAUCCGGGUCCUGUAGGUAUCGACGGACCUAAAGGUGAACGGGGUAUCACUGGCGAGCCGGGAGUUCAGCCUGGACCAAUGGGAGAAAAGGGCAAUAUGGGACCUAAAGGACCUCGGGGUGAACAAGGUUUGCAAGGUCCUGAAGGAGACCGUGGUCCAUCAGGACCUCCUGGACCUGCUGGACCUACAGGGCAGGUCCUUGCGAGUACCUAUCUCUUCACCCGUCACUUCCAAGACCCUAGUGCACCUGUUGAUUGUCCCGCUGGUUCCCAACGCAUUACUGAUGGAUAUAGCUUCGUAAUGGCUAAUGGAAACGGUGAACUCACAACAAUGGAUCUCGGAAGUCACAGCUCCUGCCUUCCAAUGUUCAGCAUCAUGCCAUUUUUCCAAUGUCUUAGGGAUGGUACCUGUCAACUGGGAGUGAGAGCUGACCGAUCUUAUUGGUUGGCGACAACAGAACCUCUGCCGAUGAUGCCCCUCGACGUCAGUGAAGUACGUCAGCGAGUGGCUCGUUGUGUGGUCUGCGAGGCACCUACUCAAGCUUACGCCUUCCAUAGUCAAAGCAAUAGUCUUGAUGAUGUUCACUGCCCUGAGAACUGGAUUGAGUUAUGGAACGGCUUCAGCUUCUUUAUGCACACAGCAGGAUAUGGAGGUGGUGGACAACAGUUGUCCUCACCGGGUAGUUGCCUUGAGCACUUCCGUUACGCACCCCUCUUGGAGUGUAACAACGGGAUGAGUCUGUGCAAUUACUGGAGCGACGCAAAGGCCUAUUACAUGCGCCAUGUGCAGAAUUCAACCUCCUUCCAGAAACCGCAAGGCCAGUACAUGCGGGAGAGCACAUAUGGCGACGCAGGAGUUCUACGCGAGAUCAGUCGAUGCAGAGUCUGCAUGCGACAACCCUAUCAGUUUCAUCGACGACGGUAA